UUUAUGUAUAAAAGCACUUGGACAAGCAUUCAUAAUUUAAAGAUCUUUUAUUAGUAGUAUUAUCAGUUCUCGGCAGCAAUGUGAGCAUUUGAUUACAUUACUGUUGAUCCCUUUGAUUCGAUGUGUCAGCAGUUUCGCUUUGCUCAUUUCGCAUAAGUUUCGUUUCUCCAGUACUGACUAGCACGUCCAGGAUGCACCCGUUUUAUCUAUCGCAGCAUGCCGCCUUUCCAUUCUUGUGAUUUAACACGAGAAAACGGAGAAACACCGCCCCCGUGGACUGUCCGGGGACAGAAAUGGAGUCACCGUCACCGGUAUUUCCCCCGAGACGCGAACAGAAGCUGCGCUUUGAUGAGCGAUACGUUGUGUCCACGCUCCGGUUUUAAUACGUGUCUCCUCGUAUCAAUAUUCAAUCAUGGUUAAAAUGAGACGCUCUGUUCUUUGCCAAAUUGGAAUCGACUUCUUUGAGUACCUGAAGGAGAGCGAUCGAGAGUCCAUCACGGACAGGAUUGAGCUGAGAGACAUUUACAACACGGAGUUCAGGAGCAGGAAUGCAGGGACCAAAGACCCGAACUUCGGUUCGGUCCUCUAUGCCCUGAAGAUGUCCAACAAAGUAACACGGCGAAAGGACAAUAUCCGCUUCAACCCCACGGUCACAGCUAUUUUUCUAGACCAGUGGCAUUCGGAAAACCGCUGUCGGCCAGAACCAGUCCAGAGGGGAGCAGCCAGUCCCGGGGCAGUGCAGGCCACCCCCGCAGAUCAGGCAGAGACGGGAGUUCGAGCCCGAAGGAAGCUGGCGAGCCUUCUGAUGACCAGGCUGAGGACGGACAGGGAUCACUUCAUCUCUGACAAAAAUGGUAUCUGCAUUUACUCGGACCACCAGUUUGAGAACGGGAAGCUCUGCCUGCGCGUUGAAGGCACACGUGAGUGUUUGGUCAGUCUGAAAGUGAAGAACACUGGAGCGAUCCCGGUGUAUUUCACCUACUACACGCCGCUGCACUGGCUCAGGGAUUUCAUCCUGAAGGAUGAGCGCAAUGUGACCAAGAAAAACCCUCUGUGUUUACAACCAGGUGACGUAUACGAAGUCCAGGUCAAAAUCUGCUGCCGUUUUGUCGGCUUCUAUCCAGCGACGCUGGCGUUCGAAUUCAAAUCCGACCUGCAGCCCUCCACCGCCGCGUUCCACAUCUUGCGCUACAUCGAGGCCCAUUGUAUAACCGCCUUGGGACUGGAGCUGGCCCCCGAGGCCCCCUACAAGCCCCGCUCCCUGCCGCCGUGGACCCCCGAGGCCAAUUACACGAUUGUGGAUGGACAGCCACCCGAAGGGCUGUCGGUGAGGAAGCUGGUCAGUGUGGUUAGGCUACAAUCGUAUAAAAUACCAGCAUACAUGAGCCAGCUGAUCCAGGCACUGCAGCAUUCUACGUACCACGAUAAAAGGGCCUUGCUGGGAGGUUCCCUGUGCUGGGAGAAGUACACUGAGAAGUUUCAGCUGCUGCUGUACCUGGAGGAGCAGCAAAUGGAGGUGGACAUCAAGAGAUACAACAUCCCCAACAGCGACAAAGAAGACGUCGUCAUGUCUAGAGAUCCCAACAACAAGAAACUUCUCAUUCUGGAGGUACCUGGUGUGUCCGAGAACCGGCCGUCUGUUCUUCGGGGGGAUUCGCUGCUGGUGCAUCCAGUGGGAGAAAAAGGGGUGAAGUACCGCGGCUACGUCCACAGUGUGCAGCUGGACAGUGUCAAACUCGGCUUUGCGUCAAAAUUGCUGGAUUUCUUUUUGGAUGGCAUGAAGUUCAACGUGGAGUUCACUGUCAACCGCCUGGUUGUGUGCAUUCAGCACCGAGCAGCAGAGCUGGCGGCUAAAUCCCGACUGCGGGCCGUCCUGUUCCCUGCUCCUCCCUCUGAGUCCUCUCAGCACGCUGAGCUUCCACGACUCAGCCUUUUUGACCGGAAGCUGGAAAGAAACCCAGAGCAGUAUCGGGCUGUGCAGCACAUUGUGGCUGGCUCAUCCAAACCGGCCCCUUACCUGGUGUUUGGCCCACCUGGGACAGGCAAAACUGUGACGGUGGUGGAGGCCAUCAAGCAGAUCGAGAAGACCCAGGCCGGCUGCCGUAUCCUGGCCUGCGCCCCCUCCAACAGCGCUGCCGAUCUGCUCUGCAAGAAGAUCCUGGAUCACGUGGACGAGCGCAAAGUGUACCGCAUGUACGCCAGCAGCCGGGACCCAAAUUGCGUCCCUGAAGAACUAAAAGCAUGCUCUAACCUGGUGGGGGAGUGUUACCUUUAUCCUGCUGUAGAGACGCUGAUGGAGUAUAGGGUUAUGGUCACCACCCUGUUGACCGCUGGAAGACUGGUCACAGGAGGCGUUCCUGCUGGCCAUUUCACUCACGUGUUUGUGGACGAGGCAGGACACGCUGUGGAGACCGAGUGUUUAGUCCCAUUGGCAGGGCUGCUGGAUGCAGAGUCUGGUCAGGUUGUUCUGGCUGGAGACCCCAAGCAGCUCGGACCCAUUCUCAGAUCGCCCUUUGCACUGCAACACGGCAUGGGGGUGUCCCUGUUGGAGCGCCUGAUGACUGAUUUCUCUCUGUACCAGAAGGUGGACGGAGCGGUCGACAAUCGCUUCGUCACCAAACUGCUGCAGAACUACAGGUCCCAUCCGGCCAUCCUGAAGAUUCCCAACGAGCUCUUCUAUGAUAACGAGCUGCAGUAUUGUGCUGAUGAAAUGUUGCGCAGCUCCUACUGUGGAUGGGAACACCUCAAGAAGAGGGGCUUCCCGGUGAUCUUCCACGGUGUGACCGGCAUUGACGCCCGCGAGAAGAGCAGUCCUUCAUUCUUUAACGUAGCGGAGGUGGAGGUGCUCAUGGACUACGUCAGGAAACUGCUGGAGACGGAUGGCAAGAAGGGACUGGCCACCAUCUCCCCCAGAGACAUCGGCAUCAUCGCUCCCUACAGGAAACAGGUGCAGAAAAUCCGCAAGGCCCUGACUAAAGUAGAGAAAGACUUUAAAUUUAAGGACACAAAAUACCUAAAGGUUGGGUCAGUGGAGGAGUUCCAAGGUCAGGAGAGGAGAGUGAUCUUGGUGUCUACAGUUCGGAGCAGCCCCGACUACUUAGAGAUGGACAAAAAGUUCCACCUGGGCUUUGUCAAGAACGAGAAGAGAUUCAACGUGGCUGUGACCCGAGCUAAAGCCCUGCUAAUCGUGGUGGGAAACCCCAGAGUGCUGAACACAGACGCUACCUGGGCCCGAUUCAUCCAGUACUGUCGGGACGAAGGAGGCUACGACGGCCCUGAGCAGGUCGAGGAGGAGAAGGACGUGGUGGAGAGACUCGCUGCCCUCUUCACUGACAUCGAUAUUCGAGUGGAGACUGCAGAGAGCGCUGUUCAGCAGCAUCUGGACCCCGAGUGGAGGAGCGACUUGUGAGAGAACCCCCUUCCCCUUUUACAUUGAAGAUUUCUUUCAUUUUCACAAAUUCUUCAGAAUAAUGCUUAAUGCCACCUUUCCAAACAAAAUAUUACAAUUAUCUUUUUAAUGUUAAUUAUCUGAACUUGACUAAAGACCAAAUGAGAGGCAGCCGAUUGUUAUUUAGAGCGGUUUGUCUUCAGCUACCUCCUUGGACCUUGAAACCAGCUGCAAAUACUUUUACCUGGUUAAAGUCACAGAAAAUUAGACUUGAUUCUUACUUUUUUAUUGUCAUUCUCAGGGGUUUUUUAGGUGAAAGGGUUAAAUCUUUGCUCUAUGACUUUCAGAAUCAUGUAUGAAUGUCCGUGUGUGCACUCAAUCAUCAUUGACUAUUAAAAUGUUUAUGGUCCAUA